AUGUGCCUUUGUAAUGGAGCAGAAGAAGAGGAACAGAAGAUCUAUUGUUACUCCAGUCCAGAUGAUUUUGAAAAUUUGGAAAUUCAUCCAUCACAUAAUAAAUUGUGGAAUUUAUAUCUAAAAAAUUAUUUUCACAUCUUGGGAAAAAUUAAUCCAAAUCUCGAAACAAUUCUCAAGCGUGCAGCACCUCCAACUUAUCCCCAAAUCCGAGAAUUGGUUCUUAAAUAUUUUAUUGAUAAUUUUAAAAGGUAUUCUAAGCAUUAUAAUCCAGAAACAGUCGAUAUUGCAUUUUUACCUUGCUCAAAUUCAAAUGGUUAUGCAAGACCUUCGGAUUGCUUUAUUAAUGAUGAAUGUACGAUAAUGAAUUUACAAACUAUACGUGAGGAUUUACGUUCUAAAGCAGAAAAAUUAGGUGUCCGACAAAUUCCUGAUUAUAAAAAACUCAAAGAGAAAUUAAUUGAGAAUCCACCACAAAAUAAAAAUGAGGCAAAAAAAAUAUUUGAAUACUUGAAUAGAUUUAAUUAUAAUUGGAGUUCACUUAUCAAUAUUCAGUUUAUUCCGAUUCAAGAUGAAAGUAAGAUCAAUAACAAAUACUUCAAACCAUGUGACUGUUUCUUUAAACUUAAAGAAGAAAGCCUAAAUGAAUUCUUUCUAUGCGUUGAUUUUGGUACAAAGGCCAAUAAAUUCUUGGCCAAAUGUGGCGUUAGAGAUCCAUCUUUAUAUGAUUUUGCCGAAAUAUCAGUUGAUCCAUCACAUAGUAAAUUGUGGAAGUUACAUUUAGAUAACUAUUUGAAAAUUUUAACAAAAAUCAAUCCCAACCUUGAAACAAUUCUCAACCUGGCAGCAAAUCCAAUUUAUCCUAAAACCCGGGAGAUGUCUCUCAAAUACUUUGUUGAUAAUUUUUAUAUUAAAUAUUCAAAGUUUUAUAAACCAGAAGAAAUCGAUGUUGCAUUUUUACCUUGCUCAAAUUCUAAUUCUUAUGCAAAGCAUUCGGAAUGUUUUAUUAAUGAUGAAUGUAAGAUAAUGGGAUUCAAAAUUAUACGUGAAGAUUUACGUUCUAAAGCAGGAGAUUUUGGUGUUCGUCAAAAUCCUAAUCGUGUAGAACUCAUAAAUGGGUUAACUGAGAACCCACCAAAAAAUUUAAAUGUGGCAAAAGAAGUUUUUGAUUAUUUGUAUACACAACAAGAAAGUUUUACUGAUUCUGAUUGGAAGAAGCUUAAAGAUUUCGAAUUUAUUCCAAUUCAACCUAACGAACUCUUUAAACCACGUGACUGCUUUCUUAAACUCAAAGAAGAAAGUUUGAAUAAUUUCUUUCCAUGUGUUGAUUUUGGUACAAAGGCCAAUGAAUUUUUAGCCAAAUGUGGUGUUAAAAAACCAUCCUCGUAUGAUUUUUCCAAAAUAUCAGUUGAUCCAUCACAUAAAUUAUGGAAUUUAUAUUUAGAAAAUUAUUUGAAAAUUUUAGCAAAAAUUAAUCCCAACCUUGAAACAAUUCUCAACCUGGCAGCAAGAUCAAAUUAUCCUAAAAUUCGGGAUAAAUAUUCAAAGUUUUAUAAACCAGAAGAAAUCGAUGUUGAAUUUUUACCUUGCUCAAAUUCUAAUUCUUAUGCAAAGCAUUCGGAAUGCUUUAUUAAUGAUGAAUGUAAGAUAAUGGGAUUCAAAAUUAUACGUGAAGAUUUACGUUCUAAAGCAGGAGAUUUUGGUGUCCGUCAAAAUCCUAAUCGUGAAAAACUUAUAAAAAUGUUAAUUGAGAACCCACCAAAAAAUAAAAAUAAAGCCAAAGAAGUUUUUGAAUAUUUGAAUACACAACAAGAAAGUUUUACUGAUUUUGAUUGGAAGAAGCUUAAAGAUAAUGAAUUUAUUCCAAUUAAUUAUGAAAGUCAAUCUAACAAAAAUAUUAAUGAACUUGAUGACCUUUUCAAACCACGUGAUUGUUACUUUAAAUUUAAAGAUAAAAGGCAAAAACUUGGAUGUAAAUCGUUGCAUGAAUCUGUGACAAAAUCCGUGGUUCCAUAUGGUCCUAUUCAAAAAACAAAGUAUUCACGACAAUUACAAAGAAUAAUUAGAGAACGAGCGAGCUUAUUCUACUUAGAUCAUUCUGAAGAAUACAUUAGAAAAGAUGAAAAAUGGCUUAAAAAGCUAAAAGUUAGAGAGAUCGAAUAUAUGGAAACGAGUUAUAAAAAAGGUCCGAUUGCUAGUGAUUUCUGGAGGAAAUCUCAGGAAAUUUUCAAUUAUUCAAAUAGUUUGCUUAUAAGUUAUUCAAUGCACUGUGUUGGAAAUUUACAAAAAAUUGAACUUUACGUCCCUACUGAUGUUGAUCAAUCAGAAAUCCUAUCUCAAUCACGUAUUGUCCCAUUGAGCAAAUUCAUAUAUAUAUUAAAAGAUCAAGCGAAUGUCUUUGAAGUUACACCAAAAGUUAUUCACAUAUUUUAUGAUAAUAGUAAAAACUCAAUUGCAUUUAAUCGUGAUAGAGCGUUAUUUUUUAAUUUGAAAUUUUAUCUUGAAUUACACGAACAAACAUGUAAAAAUAAACCAACGAUUGACGCUAUGACUUAUUGGUUCACGAUAUAUUGUCAUGUAUUGGCACAUAACUUUAUUCAACUUCAUAAUACCGAAUUUGAAUUUUAUUAUUCGUCAUUCGCACAAGCUUAUAUGCCGGACUUGAUUGAAUUAACGAAAAAACGUGAAGUCAAAUCCAAAACUUUUAACAUUGAAAUCUUUUGGAAAAAUUUUAACCGAAUUUUAAACCGAAAUUAA